AUGAAGAUUGAUGUUAAAAGACGGCCUUCAAAGAAAGGCCAUGGAAAAAUUCAGCUGGAUGGGGAGGAAGGAGAAUACGGUUUGCGCGAAGAACUUGAUGAAUACGGUAUGCGUGCUGUAUUGAAGCCAGAAGAUCAACUGCAGUUGACAGAACAGGAACUCAAAGAAGAGAUAACACGAGUACUUACUGCUACUAAUCCUCAUGCUCCCCAAAACAUUGUUCGGUUUAAUUUUAAGGAGGGCCAGUACAAACAAAUUCCCCAAGUGCAUCAGAUGGCCGUUCAUUUUUGGCACGAGGGUUAUAUGCUACCUAAGGACUCAGAUGAAGCUAGAAGACAAAUGGCUAGGGAUGGAGCCUUGCAAGUCGAAGAAACCUUGUUAGAAGAAGACAGUAAGGAGUCUGCCAUUGGAACCAGGGAUAGCGAUGUCCAGUCACCGCAAAAGAAACUAACUAACCAGUUCAACUUCUGUGAGCGUUCAACUCAGACGUAUAACAAUCCACACAGAGAAAGGGGAAAUAUGACGGAGCCUCCGCCUAGGGCAACAUUUUCUGCUAAUGUGACUCAGUGGAGUAUAUAUGAUGACUAUAUUGAGGAUUUCGAAAAGCAGCAGGAAAAGAACAAAGAUAAAAAGCCCCCAGGGGUAGGUCAAAAGCAGGAAACCAAGAUGCGAAAGAAAGUUAUGCAUGGAGAAACACAGGGAGAUGACUUGAGUCGGUUUGCUCAACCUAUUAAAAUUGUUGAGCGCAUGAUAAAUCAGAAUACUCACGAUGAGGUGGCCCAGGACUUUAAAUACUAUGAAGACCAAUCUGAUGAAUUCAGAGAUAAUCAAGGCACUUUACUACCACUGUGGCUAUUUUCAUUUGAGAAAGCCAAAAAGCUUGCUGUAACUUCCCUAUGUUGGUCGCCUCAGUACAACGACCUCUUCGCAGUUGGUUUUGGUUCAUAUGAUUUCCUGAAACAGUCGACCGGUUUGAUUUGUUCGUAUACUCUCAAAAAUCCAAGUUAUCCAGAAUAUCAUUUUGAGACGGAAUCGGGUGUACUUUCGUUGGAUAUUCAUCCAUCACUGCCUCAUAUGCUUUGUGUUGGCUUCUAUGAUGGAGCGGUGGGAGUGUACAGUAUUAUACAGCGUAAAAGUGGGCCAUUAUAUCAAAGUACAGCAAAAACUGGUAAGCAUACAGAUCCUGUAUGGGAAGUACGCUGGCAGCCGAAUGACUUGGAAGCAAAUUUAAAUUUCUUUUCUAUCAGUGCUGAUGGUAGAGUUACAUCUUGGACACUGAUUAAAAAUGACAUGGGUCAAUUCGAUGCAGUUAUUUUAAAGAUGAUAGCGAAUUCUGGUGACAGUACUGAACCAUCUCGACUUAUCACUUUGGAUUGUGGUACAGCAUUCGACUUUCAUCGUACACAAAGUCAUUUAUUCCUUGUAGCUACAGAAGAAGGAAUGGUAUAUAAGUGUAGCAAAGCGUAUACAUCACAGUAUUUAGCAACUUAUGAAGCACAUCAUAUGCCUGUUUAUCGUGUAGCGUGGAAUCUAUUCCAUCCAGAUAUAUUUAUUACAUGUUCAGCUGAUUGGACAGUUAAAAUAUGGCAUCAUAGAAAAAGUACACCAAUAUUCACAUUCGACCUGGGAUCACCAGUAGGUGAUGUAGCCUGGGCACCGUAUUCUUCUACUGUUUUCGCAGCAGUUACAGCUGAUGGUCGUGUCCACGUUUAUGAUUUAUCAAUAAACAAAUACGAACCAUUGUGUAAUCAGUUAGUGGUAGCUAAAAAAAAGACAAAAUUAACUCAUAUCGCAUUUAAUCCAAAAUAUAGUAUAAUUAUUGUUGGUGACGAUCAUGGGCAGGUAAACAGUUUGAAGCUGUCGCCUAAUUUACGUAAAUUACCAAAGGAAAAGAAAGGACUAGACCAACCGAAAGGACCCGAAGUUGAAAUUAAAAAGUUGGAUAAAAUCUUAACUUUAGUUGGCUGA